UUUUUAUUUUAUUUUUUUUUUUUGUUACUUCUGCCUACGUGCUUCCCUUCUAGUUGAUUAACACAAUAUUAUGUUGCCUCAGUUUGGAUACAUCGUAGCACAGGCUGGCGCAGAUUCCCAGCCACCAACACCAAACAGCGUUCCUCCGCCCACCCCAAAUAGUAGUAACAAUACAUCGUCAUCAGCAAUAAUACAUCAUUUGGCGAAACCUUACAACUCAUCGAAAUCUAACAAUGAGCACAGUAAUACAUCACAACAGACGGCACUACCAUCUAAUGAUCGUGGUAGUGGGCUGUUGCCUCCUCCACCUCCAUUACCUUACAUGUAUCCUUCUCAACAACUACAGCAACAACAACAUAGAGAUAGUAGUGAAGACUAUGCCAACAGAUAUGCUGGGGCGCCUGCAUCACCGUCAGUACCGCUGUACCAGCAACCAUCUUCCGUUCAACAUUCACAAUCUUACGAUUUACAACAACAACAACAGCAACAAAACUCCUCCUUUUAUAGACCACUUCAACCAUUACCACCUAUACAAACGGCUACUACCGUUCCUACGAACCAAAAUAACAGCAGCAGCUGGCCUUGGUCCUCUUCUCAACAACAGCUUCCUAAUCAGCAGCUCUACCCAUCCAUGUCAUCGAUACAAGUACGGCCUCAGCAGCAGCAGCAUCUACAACUGCAGCAACAACAGUUAUUAAAAGACAGUAAUAGUAAUAGAGACUAUGGGCCACUAGACUUAUAUACUAAUCCUAAUCAUCCUGAAAAUACUAAAUAUCAAGAAACAGCUCCAUCAAUCUCCGCUAAAUCCUCAGCUGUAUGGCAACCACAUACUUCCGAUCCUGCCACACCUCCACAUUUACGAACACAUCAUAUGGCUUCUCAACCAUCAACAAUAUUACCACCACCUCCAUCAUCGCCAGCCAAUCAAUUGGUAACUACAGAUACAUCACCUACCCUACCAUCAAUAUAUCAUCGUAAUACCGAGCAACAGAUUGUUGCUUCUCCUCCCUCUCCUCCUCAUGCUCGGCCUGUUAAGCAAUUAGUGGAUUUAUCGCAUACACCAGCGCGUACUAUCAAUGCCUUAUCUUCAGUCUCAAAUCAAAGUCAAAAGCAAGAACAGCAUCAACAACUUUCUACACAGAAAGGAAAGAGUCAUCAUCAGCUAGUAGUCUUACCAGAACCAAUUGAAGCUGUUGAAAGUAAAAUGUUACGUAAAAUGCGUGAGUUCAAUGAUCUCAUUACUUGGAUGGAUAAUGAAUUUUGGGAGCAGUGUGAUGAAAUCUAUAGAGAAAAACUGCAAUCAUUACAGGAGGAGAUCAAAACGAUACAAGAUGGUAAAGCAUAAUCUUGCUGAAAUGAGACAAUUAAACUGACAUAAUUGUAUCUCCAAACAGGCACGCAUUCCGUUUUCAAAGA